AUGCCAAUGAUUGCUCAUACUGCCUUGCCAGGCCCAGCGGCAGAAGGCGGACUGCGCCUAGAGUCGUACCGGAUCAGGCAUGGCCUGCAAGCUAGCAUAACCCUGGAUGACAAGUACUGCACCUUUCCAGGGAUCAUCAACGGCGGCAUCAUCUCCACCCUAUUCGACUGUCAUGGGAACUGGACGGCUGCGAUAGCGCUGAUGGACCUCCACGCCACCCCCAAACCACCCCUGACGCUUACCUACGAGCUCCUGGUCACAUUCAAGGAGCCGACCCCGCCCGGCGUCCCACUGGUGGUCAAGAGCCACGUGACCAGGGUUCAGGAUGUCCAGGAAGCCGGCCAGAAAGCCGGUGUACAGGUCGACAUGAAGCUCUACCAGGCCAUGGGCGCCCACGAGAAGCUGCUGGCCGAGGCCAACGGCAUCUUCAAAAAGGUCGGAGCGCUGCGAGCCCUGUGA